CUAAAUUUCCCAAGUUUGUAACAUGCUGGCUUGGCAAAAGUGCGUGUACCAGAUGUAAUACGCGACAUCAGCACCUUCGUUUAUCAAUUUAUGUGAUCGUGGAGCUUCGAUCUGCGCAGUUUCGAUCGAACCUUCGAAUGAUCAACGACGAAAUACCAACAAUGACGCAGUUAACGGUGUGUUUACUGGCUAUUUUCUUAGUUAGUUAUACAGUAGCUGACAUUAUAGUACAACCUGGCUACGAACAUUCGAAAAAAUAUUCAACGCAACAACGUCAGUCUAUAACUCAACCUUCUGAAAUUCCUCAACACUCGGAAUAUACGAAUAUUGAAUCAAACCCUCAUCAGUCACAAGAAGAACAACAAGGAUACACGGAUCCAGGUUAUCAUUUGGAACUUCAUCCAGUAUACUCGGAUGCGUACCACAUUCCCGCUGAAGCACUGCCACCGAUUUAUCCAAACGUUGCGUUGCCACCGAUGUCGAAGUCUGCUUACAGACGAUUACUAUCUAAUUACGGAGCUGCAGGAGUACCUGUGAUUCCACAUCAUUACGAAUAUCCUCUGCCAGUACACAAUCGAUACAGAAGAUCUGAUCCAAGCGACGAACCCGAUGCAACGCGCAAGGAUAACCAUGAUGAAGAUGAUGUGGCCACGAAGUCGUCCUUAGAUGACUCGCUGUCAGUCGUUGAUUUGCAAAAUCAAGAUAAGAAGCGCGUGAAUACUCGUCAGAGCGUAACUCUGCUGGGCUUGAAUCCAUCGAACAUGUAUCCUGUGCAACAACAAUACCGUUCCGCGGAAUUGAACCCAACCUACGAUUCGAAUCAAAAGCCAGCUGGAAGCCAGCAAACGCCAUCCCAAAUAAACGCACGAGAAACGCAGCAGCAACAAGCAGCUACUUUCGUACAAGCCACAGCUCCUCGAACGAACAAUGAAAAUCUUCAUCACGCGUUGCUAUUGCAACAACCCGCCCAUCAACAGUUCAGAGUUUCCGAUCUGAGAAACUACCCGGAUGUUAGGCCGGUCUCUCCUUCUCUUCAAUCGUCGCGAAUCGAAACAAUGAAGGGUCACAGCGAACCACAAACUUUCACGCCACCGAAACGCGAAGAAGCGAGCGGGCAGGACGAAAUAGUGGGCACGAAGUUGGGAAAUAUCUACAAAAUAAAGGUACAUCAACACAUGCAUCGACACGGGAAAUUAAACGGACUAAGACCGUUAGAAAACCCAAUUAUUGCUGACACUGAGACACCGACGCAGCAGGUAGUGAAAAUUUACGACAAGCCGAUAGAUAAUCAAGCGGCAAAUUAUUUACAAAACGUUCAGUACAACGUUAUACCUCAAACUUAUCCUGUUUCUAACUCUCUUGGAAGUAACGUGGAUAAUUAUGUCUGGCCGUACCCGUGCUCGUCCCUCUCCUCGCCGAUCAGAAUUUGUUUCGAGAGCAACGAUGCACAGCCUAUCAUGUAUCAGCUAGCUUAAACGAAUCUCGAUUUUGCAAAUUAAACGCAAUUGUGUUUCUUGUAUUUUCCGCAAGACGUUUUAUAUCACGAUGUUUUAUAUUUCACCGCGUGUCUAUCAAGUGUACAGGCUUCAUCGACCUUAAUCGAUGAUUAGAUGGACAUUUUUCAAUAAACGUACAACCACAAACACCAAGGCGCGUUCAAGUUUUCCAACCCUGUAAAGUGUUACACCUCACGCAGUCACGUGCUGUUAACGACAAGACGGCGCAUAAUCGGUUCUUAACGCGUGUUCGCCAACCGGAUUCUCAACGUUCGGUCUGGGUGGCCGCUUAAUCACGGAACCGAUUCUAAAAUACGACCGCCAAUACGGUAACCAAUU